CGGCGAGGGAGGAAGGUGGUGUUCUCGCGAGAAGCCUGUCUGCGGCCUGGGCUAGUGUGUGUGAAGACGCCGGGUCAAGCCGAGUUCCUGGAUCGGAUCUGCGGGAGAGGCCGUCGGACCAGGAACUGUGAGCAGAAUGAAUACUGCACAGGACCAGAGUGGCUGCUCGAGUAAUCGAGAACCUCUUGUGAGGUGCAGUGAUGCACGGAGGGACUUGGAGCUUGCCAUCGGAGAAGUUCUCCGGGCUGAACAGCAGAUCAAAGAGAACCUGCGUGAGGUCAAAGCGCAGAUCCACAGCAGCAUCAGCCGCCACCUGGAAUGUCUGCGCAGCCGAGAGGUGUGGCUGUGUGAGCAGGUGGACCUCAUCCAUCAGCUGAAGGAGGAGACGCUCCAGCAGCAGGCCCAGCAGCUCUACUGGUUACUGGGCCAGUUCAACUGUCUCAUUCAUCAGCUGGAGUGCACCCAAAGCAAAGAUCUAGCCAAUCAAGUCUCCGUGUGUCUGGAGAGACUGGGCAGUUUGACCCUUAAGCCUGAAGACUCGACUGUCCUGCUUUUUGAGGCCGACACCAGUUCCCUGCGCCAGACCAUCACCACCUUCGGGUCCCUCAAGACCAUGCAAAUUCCUGAACACCUGAUGGCUCAUGCUAGUUCAGCAAACACUGGACCCUUGCUGGAAAAGAGAGGCUGGAUUCCAUCACCAGAGCAGAAGGCCGCAUCCUGCACCCCAGCUGUUCCUCUCAGUGACUGGCUCCUUGGAAGCAAACCUGCUAAUGGCUGUCAAGUUCCUUAUGCACCCAGCACCAACCUCCAGGACUGGCUCAGUCAAAAGCCGACCCUGGAGAACAGUCAGACGCCUGCCAGAGCCUGCCAUUUCCUCAGUAACAUCUGGGGUAAUCUGAAGGGCUUAGAAAACUGGCUCCUCAGGAGUCAGCAAGAAAUUCCGGAAAAGCCAAGUUCCCCAAAGUGCAACAACCAUCCUGCCACCAGUGCGUUCUCUGGUGAACUUGGAAAGGUGGAUGACAGAGAGCUGCUUGCUCCAGAUGAGAUGGACCUGUCUGACUGGCUGGUGACUCCCCAGGAAUCACAGACGCCACUGAGGCCUGGCAAUGGCAGCUGUGAGGCCAGUGAGCAGCUGAAGCUCCUGUUCCAGGCCUUCCAGGAGCCCUACAGCGUGAGCGACUGGCUCGCCAAGCCCGGCUCCUGCACCAACUGUGGGGGCAACCAGCCCAAAGGCGUGGAGAUCGAAAACCUGGGCAGUCUCAAGUGCCUGAAUGACCACUUGGAAGCCAAGAAGCCACUAUCUACUCCUAGCCUCGUUCCUGAGGAUUGGCUGGUCCAGACCCGUCAGGACCCCUAUAAGGUAGAAGAGGUGUGCAAAGCUAACGAGCCCUGUGCCAGCUUUGCGCAGUGUGUGUGUGAGGAGAAUUGUGAGAAGGAAGCUCUGUGUAAGUGGCUUCUAAAGAAGGAAGGGAAAGACAAAAACGGAGUGCCUGUGAAACCCAAGUCUGCACCUGAGCAGCAUAAAGAUUCCUUGAGUAUGUGGCUCUGUCCUUCCAGAAAAGGAGAAACAGAACAAACUAGUGCACCAAAAGCCUUGGCCCCUUCCAGAAUCGCUGGUUCCUUCCAGGCCAUCAGGAGCAGUCCCUUGUCAGAGUGGCUCAUGAGUCCUGUGUGCAAAGAAGGAAUUCCUGGGGAAGUGCCUCCUACGGAAGACAGACCUGGCAAACAGAAUCUAAAAAGCCCCACAGCCACUUCUCCGUAUCCCUUCAACACUGCUGACUGGGUGUUGCCCGGAAAGAAGGUAGCGAAGCUCAGCCAGCCAGCCUCUGAAGAGGACAAGUGGCUACUUCGGAAGAAGGUUAAGGAAGUCUUACUCACUUCACCUCUGCAGAAGGAGCGGCCCUUCACUCCUGAGCGCUAUGGCCUCCCGGCAGUGUGUGACCUCUUUGCCUGUAUGCAGCUUAAGGCUGAUAAAGAGAAGUGGUUGUAUCGAACUCCUCUACAGAUGUGAAUGGACUACAGUCAAGAGCUCUUUCUCAGAUGAUCACGCAUCCAUGAGCUGAGUGUGGCUUGCCAAAUCAUUGUUUCUGGGUCUGAACUGUGAGCUUAAGUUCUUUUCCUGUCUGAUUUUGAACUAGUGAAGAAAAACAAGUUCUAAAAUUCCAAGUUCCCAUGUAACGGAAAAAGGCUACUGGUUGACACUGAGAUGGCCAAGUUCCUUCUUCCAGAAGUGUUGUUAAUCGACCCCCGCCUGAGAAAUGCAGCACACGUUGGUGGACAGUCCUCACAAGCCUCCUUGGCUGCUUAGCCUGGGUUAUCACUAGAAGUACAUUAAAACGCUGUCAUUUAAAAGUGAGAUGUUUCUGUAAUCUGUUGAUGCCCCUGCCCUACAGCUGGUGACUUGUCUGCCCUGUGGGUUGCCCCAAGAUGUUUCUCCUGCUGUGAGAUUUCUUCUGUCCAUGGCCCGAGUAAUGACUCUUCUCAGUACAGUGAGCCCUGCCAAUACGGUAGUGUUUGCUUUACCAGAUAUGUAUUGAUAAUCUUGCCCAAACAUUUUAAUCUAGAUUAUCAGCUCUACAUGAUCCUUCUUCACUUGAGAAAGUCAGCUUGUCCCUUAUUCAUUUCUCCACCCGUUCCUGAAGUACCAAGGAGCACUUUCAGAAAGGCUCUUUGUUCAGGACCAGUUUCAGGGUAGUCUUCACUCUUUGAAAAUACUCUACAGGCCAACAUGCUUAAAAUCUUCCAGCACUAAGAGCAGAAAGGCAAAAUAUGCCGUAAAUGCAGUCCUUGAACCACUCACUAUCCUGCGGAUAACUGGUGCAGCCUGUGUCAGUGGAAGCUGAGCGUGGGACCUGGUGCUUUUCCACAGGGAUAGUCGAUGCCCUCUGCCCACAAGCACAGCGUUCCUGUACCUCCAAAACCACAGUGCAGUGACAUGGUAGUGAACAGGCCACUUCAACACUUGUGCCUUGGGGUGUUUACUGAAGCUUUAUGAAAACUAUUUGAUAUUUUCUUAACAUUAAAAUCAUGUACAUGCUUUAAUGUUUCUCUGGGGCAAACAUGGGAUUUACAAGAUUGUAAAAAUCUCUGAGAUAGCUUAGCCCCCUAACUUGCCUGUUAUUGGAAAUAAUGCUAGGAAAAUUGUCAUGAUCCCAACAGUGUCAUUGCUGUGCAGUUUCACCACAUGCAACUAAAAAAACUCUUGUUAAUUUCCCCCGGAUAUUUUACAAUAUAGGUAGUAUUAAAAACAACUUGAGCCUUUGCAAUACCUUAGGUUGCAGAAAAAUGUGUAGUCUCUUCUUUGAAAUCCAACACAUUGUACUGUACCAAAUGUAAUGACUUUAAUCACUGAGCUAAUGAGUAUAUAAGACAUUCUUUGGCAUUGAUACAUUUUUCUCCAUUAAAAGCAUAACCACCA